ACAAGAGGUGGCCUCCACGUGGCAAGAGCUGGGCAACAUAUUCAUUAUGUUGGCAAACUACCUCAUGUUUAUGUAAUGGUUAAUUUUCGGUGGUUUAAAAUAAUAAGAUCAAAUAUGUUUGUUUCGUAUGUAAAUAAAUUUCUCGCUUUUUUUUCCUACAAACAGUUCUGCACAUAAGGUAUUAUUCUUAAAAUAAUCUAGAUAUUUAUGUUUAGAUCGUGAACAUGCUUUAACACUGGUGGCCGAGUUUUUACAUACACGACCAGUAACUUUCAAACUGUGAAAUAAACAAACGUUUUCCUUCUUUAAUCAUGUUUACCAAAAAAUACUGGUGGUGACAUCAAAGGAUGUUUAUUUGUGGUAAAAAUAACAUUAUUAUGUAAUUAGGUAAUUAUAAAAUUAUCAUGGUCAUUGUCAAAUAAGAAAUCAAUGAGAGGAUGAAGAGAAAAUUUUCGCGGGUUAUCGAGUAAUUAUGGUAAGUGUUGUUGCUCAAAUGUUAAAGUAUGUAUAUAGGCAGAUGAUUUCUUUUACUGUAUCAUACAAUCAUGGCUGAACAUCCAUGUAUUUACUGCAAUAUUGAGGUCACUUCUCGUGCGCACGCUAUUGCAUGUGAUUCAUGUGGAAGAUGGAGUCACCGUAGACACACCGAAAUUACCCAUCAGCAGUACAUGCAACUGCGCAGUGGUGAGGUACAGAUAGAGUGGUUCUGUAAUGGUUGCAGGAACGUCGACGAACCACCACCACCACUUGAAGUCCCGGUAUCGCCACUCAGAAAUCUUGCACAAGAAGAUCUAAGACAUGGGGGUAACACUACCAUACCAGAUGUGUCAUUCGACCUAGCCCAAGAGUACGAACGACCAACACCAGUGGUAGACACGUCUUUACCUGAUGACCUUGAGCUGAACGACGAAAUCCCCGCCGACGACGCCGUAAUUACGUAUGAGAUUGUGGAGUCCGGGACUAAGCGAGGUGCGGCGAAACUGAUCAGUUCGGAUGGAUAUUCUUACACGAAGGGGGUAACGUCCGGAGAGAGACAAUUCUGGCGAUGCUCGGUGCGAAACAAGACAGUAAAAUGUCCGGCAUCCGUGAAACAGUACCGCGACAUGUUCACAUCGGGUGUAGCAGGACACGUUCAUCCACAAGAUCCUGGUGCUACAAAAAAGAUGAAAAUAGCUAAGAAGGUGAAGGAACUGGCGCGAGAACGUGUCUUUGAGCCAGCCGCCGUAAUCGUGGAACGUGUCAUGAAGGAUAUGGUGGCACCAAACGAUGUCAGCCUACCCAAACCAGCAAAUCUAGUUCGUGUUGUCAACCACCACAGACGUCUCCGUCCCGAUGAUCCUAAAGACUUAGCGUUUGAGCUUGACAGAAACUUCAUCGGAGAAGACUUCAUAGUGGACGACCUUGUUCUGGACGGUGCUCGACACAUCGUCUUCGGAACGCAGCGCCAGCUGGAUCUACUACGACAGGCAAAGAUGUGGUAUAUGGAUGGCACCUUCAAGGUGGUAAAGCAGCCGUUUUACCAGCUACACUCUAUCCACACAUUUGUGAAGAAGGGGGAAGAUGAGAAGCAGGUGCCACUGGCGUACGCUCUGAUGUCGAGGCGAAGUAAAGAUGAUUACGUUCAGGUUUUCAGGAGUCUACGUCGCAGACUGGGGGAUCUCUCUGUAGAGUGGAUUAUGUUAGACUUUGAAGCUGGAUGGCAUAGACGCAUCAACGCACGAGCGUGUUCAGCCAACCUCGGGCUUUACAAGUUGGCCAACCUUCUCAGAGAGGAAUCUGAGACUGUUGAUCUUCAUAUACGGCUGGUGAGCCAGCACCUUCUCACGAAGAUCAGGCGGAAGAAGUAUGUUACGAUACACGGCAGACUGCAUCAAGCAUGGGAUGACUACGAAGAAGAGAAGCUGACAACAACUGAACUUCUGAGGAUCAUCAGCCACAUCAAUGCCCUCGGACCAUCCACAGCGGUCCACCACAUGCUCGACGACGACGAGGCUUGAAAGAUGAACGACUGAUAUGGUUGAAAUGUAACAUUAAAUUGAACAGUGUCGUACAUGUAUCUAAUUUGUAUAAGAAAAUCUGAAUGAUAAAAAUGUGUGAUAAAAAUGUAAAAAUAUUGUAGUGCGUCAAAAAUGUAUCUAAUUAAUAUGUGCUUACUCCCUCAUUUUUUUUAAAUGACAUGAAAUAUUCAAAUAUAUAUAUAUAGUAUCCAAGGUUUAGUUGUUGCUUAUUUAUAUUAUAUGGUAAAUAAAACGGAUUACAAAGUA